UUAAGGGAAGUUCUGUCGUAAAAUUCAUUUUCUUUUCGUAAUAACCCAAAAGAAACGCAGUAUUUGUGGUAUAAACUAAUAAAUAUGAACAAGUGAAAAUAUAUCAUGUACGCCAAACUUGCGGUAAAUGACGCCAUUACAGGUAGUCAGUGUUACCUGUCAACGUUCUUGUAUUAUAAUGGUGAACUCCUGUGCAGCGUUGGGUUGCACGGAAAAAUACGUUAAAGGAGCUGAACUUUCAUUUCACAGUUUCCCCGCAGAUGAAGUACGGAGGAAUGUUUGGACCCUUGCACUGAAAAGGAAGAAUUUUAAAGCAAGCAAGUACACAAAAAUAUGCAGUAAACAUUUUUCAUCAGAUUGUUUCGACACUGAUGCCUUUGGUUUCGGAAGAAAACUGAAGCGUGAUGCUGUUCCAUCAAUUUUUAAUUGUCCUCUGCAUUCAGCAUCGAAAGGAAGAAAUAAAUUGCCACAGUUUGAAAGAAACACGGAAAAAGUUUCGUCUGCAACGGACAAUGAAAUGUGUUCCACAAAUAAUCAGCCCCUAAAACAGAGAAGAAGGUCUAGAAAAGCUUGUAUGUGUGACUAUCAUAAGGAAGUUGGUAAAGAUGGUCUUGAAAGUACCAUAAAGAAGAAACUUGUACACAGACAAAAAUCUCGGCGUGAAGUGAAAAAAGGUUGUACUGCUCAAGCUUUGUUGUCAGAUUUGAAACGGAAGCAAAUAAUUACUGAAAGUAUUGGCGAAAUGUUAGAGGUUGAUCUGUGUCCUCACACAUUCAUUAUGAAUAUGAGAAAGGAGCCAGAGGAUUAUGAGAAUGAGGUUGAUCUGUAUCCUCACACUUUCAUUAUGAAUAUCAAACAGGAGCCAAAGGAUUAUGAGAACAAGUUUACAGAAGGUCCACCAAUAACUGCAGAAUGCAGUGUUGGUAUCAAGGAAGAUCCUGAGCUGGAUCUGGGUGUGGAUGUGAUUGAGAAUGGUGGUGUUCUCAAAGAGCAUUUUCAAACAUCAGUGUGUAAUGACAACAUCAAGAAAGAGCCUGAAUUGACGUUUGAAGUGGGUGAAUUGGAGGAUAGUAUUGAUGCAUCUGCAGAACAUUUUGUUCCUGAGUAUUGUCCAUCAAGCAUUAAGAAGGAAGAGGAGUGUGAUUAUCUUGUGUUGUUGAUAGUCACAUAAAUACAAGCAACGGAUCAUUCUUAAAACUGGAUACAAAUGUAAGAAAAUUACCCCACUUACAAACUAUCUAUCAUUCCCUGUUUAGCUUUCACUCUGGUUGCAGUGUGUCCAUUAUAAAUUCCAGAGCAAUGUAUCUCCUUUACUCCUCAGUGCCAGUCUUCAAACUGGUUAGCAAACUAGUUAACUUCAGCUUUCAAAAGUCAGACAAGAUUGUGAUGAUGGCUAGCACUGACAAAUGACAAAACUUGAAGUUCGUGUCGGCAACCUUCGGCAGCAGCAGAAGCAGGGAAAGGUGUAGCAGUGACAGAUAUUUGGCUACACUGGAACAGUGCAGAUUAUUGCAGUAAUUGCAUAGUACUAAAACAGGUGAGAGUUUUGGUGCUCCUGUGAAAUGUAGCUCUGUGGUCCAAGUCUGUUAUGACACAAAGUGACAACAGAAAUUUCUAAUUUUAGGCACACUACUUCAGCUUCAAGGGGCAUGUAGGGGCAUGUACGGUCCGUACGUACCACUGAGGACACAGACACUGUGCAAGCUGCCAUCAAAAGUAUUCUAAAUUAUUUGAUGUCUUGCCAUCACACCUCAGUCAUCAUAGCAUUUGAGGACUGCUAAAUCAGCUUGUUUCAUUUCUACAAUCCUAAGAUUGUAUGAGAGUCACACUGAAAUUUGUGAGCAAUCCAUUGUUAAAAAUUCUAAUUCAAACAAUGUAAGGAAAACAACUGCAGGAUUGUAAUCUACAGACUUAACUCCACAUAUGCCCAUAUUGUGACAUAGCACCUCUUAUGUGACCACAAGCAGCACUUCGGAGAUGAUCGAUGUCAGUGUUCCAUUUUGACAGCGUGCUCUUAUUGAAUUCCUUGUUAAAGAGGGAAAAAUGUGCUCUGUUGAAAUCCACCUCAGACUUCAUGCCUACAGAGAUGUCUGAAUAGUCACUAGUAGUGUUAAGGGUGGGUGACACAGUUUAAAGACAAUAUCAAACAAUGGAAAAUCCAGGAUGGAUUCAGCAGCCAGAGACUGUGAUCAUGUGUGUCCAAGUCUCUGUGUGUGUGUGUGUGU